AUGGGCUGUGCUUCUGAGGGGUUGAAGAGACUGAAAAGGGGCCUGACUUUCCACAGGUUUGUGUUUAUGGAGCAAAACAUGGGAGGACUGAACGCAGUGGAAAGAGAAUUUGCGUUUGAGAGCGAUGAAGGUUUUGUAGAGUUUGGAAAUAAUAACAACUACAUGAACAUGGCUGAGGCAAAUAACGCAUUUCUUGCUGCAAAUGAGCAGACGUUCCAUACGCCGAGCCUCGGGGACGAGGAGUUCGAAAUCCCACCCAUUACUCCCCCGCCCGAGUCUGAACCUGCGCUGGGGAUGGCAGAUAUCCUACUGCCCUUUCAGGGCCUUGGUGACCAACUACCUGCUCAAGGAAAUGAGUUCACACCUCAGUUUCCCCCCCAGAGCUUGGAUCUUCCCUCUAUUACGAUAUCCCGAAAUCUUGUGGAGCAAGAUGGUAUCAUCCACAGCAAUGGAUUGCAUAUGGAUCAGAGUCACCCACAGGUUUCCCAAUAUCGCCAAGAUCACUCUCUGAUUAUGAGAUCUAUUGUCCACAUGACUGAUGCUGCUCAUUCGGGAAUUAUGCCUCCCUCUCAGCUAACCACCAUUAACCAGUCUCAGCUAAGUGCGCAGCUGGGGCUAAAUUUAGGAGGCACCAAUUUGCCACACACUUCUCCCUCCCCUCCUGCAAGUAAAUCAGCCACUCCUUCCCCAUCCAGCUCUAUAAAUGAAGAAGAUGGAGAUGAAUCCAAUCGAGCCACUGGAGAAAAAAGGGCUGCCCCGGAUUCUGGCAAGAAGCCCAAGACUCCAAAGAAGAAGAAAAAGAAAGAUCCCAACGAGCCACAGAAGCCAGUGUCAGCAUAUGCCCUUUUCUUCAGGGAUACGCAAGCUGCAAUUAAAGGGCAGAACCCAAAUGCUACAUUUGGAGAGGUUUCAAAAAUAGUGGCAUCUAUGUGGGACAGUUUAGGAGAAGAACAAAAACAGGUAUAUAAAAGAAAAACUGAAGCUGCCAAAAAAGAAUAUCUCAAGGCGCUUGCUGCCUAUAGAGCAAGCCUUGUUUCUAAGGCUGCUGCAGAAUCUGCUGAGGCCCAGACAAUUCGCUCUGUUCAGCAAACGCUGGCAUCCACAAAUUUGUCUUCCUCCCUUAUUCUGAAUACUUCUCUUUCUCAACAUGGGACAGUAUCAGCAUCUCCUCAAACGCUUCAGCCGUCCCUUCCCAGAGCAAUUGCUCCAAAACCUUUAUCCAUGAGACUGCCGAUGAAUCAGAUUGUAGCUUCUGUUACCGUUGCACCAAACAUGCCAACAAACAUUGCAGCUCCAUUGAUAAGCUCCAUGGGAACAAACAUGGUGGCCGCGCCAUCUCCAUCUCAAGUCAGCCCCUCCAUGCAAAGCCAGCAGCACCAGAUGCAGCAGCUCCAGCAGCAGCAGAUGCAGCAGAUGCAACAGCAACAGCUACAUCAGCAUCAAAUGCAUCAGCAAAUACAGCAGCAAAUGCAACAGCAGCAUUUUCAGCACCACAUGCAACAACAUUUGCAGCAGCAGCAGCAUCUCCAGCAGCAAAUCAAUCAGCAGCAAAUGCAGCAGCAGCUGCAACACAUACAGCUUCAGCAAAUGCAGCACAUGCAGCACCAGUCACAGCCUUCUCCUCAGCAGCACUCUCCGGUAGCCUCUCAGAUCACUUCUCCCAUCCCUGCCAUGGGGAGCCCUCAGCCAGCACCUCAGCAGCACCAGUCACAAAUACAGUCUCAGACACAGACUCAAGUACUGUCACAGGUCAGUAUUUUCUGAAGAUAAAUGAUCUUGCACCAUGGCUUUGUGUUGAUGGAGGGGGUAGGAGUAAACCAUAUUUGGCUGAAAACUGUAAAUUGUUGAUGGUAGUUAUGCAGGGAUGCAUAACAGAUCAAAUGAUCCUCUAAAGUGUCUAUUAGAUAGGCAAUAAAGAACUACAAUGUAGCUGUGUAUCAUCUUUUAGCUGACUAUAAAUCAUUUUGUUUUUUUUAAAAAAAAGAAAAAAAAAAGCUGUGCUCUUUUUCAUGUGAUGCCUUUUUAAUUUAUUUAAGCUUUACCUACAAUAUGUGAAUCAAAUGGCCUAAUAAAUACUUGGACCUUAUGACUACAAAAUGGCCUUUCGGAGUUAUAUGAUAUAACCCUUCAUAAUGCACUUCAAGGCAGUAUGAACUCAUGAAGCUCUUAAAGCACAGUUGUAACUACCUGUAAAAUGAUGAUUGGAUUUCAUACAAUCAUACUUGUAUGACAUGAAUUAGUUGAUGGCAUUUUUUGUCAUGAAAAAAUAGAGUAAAUCACAGAUUUUUGCCAAAGCUCUUAAUUUUUUUCUCUCCUAAAUGUCUUCAGAAAAACAAAUGCAAGUAACUGAACUGAAACGUUUGAACCAACCUUUCACUUCAUGUCUCCAAAUAGACCUACCAUAGUUUGUAAGAAAAUAUAUAUUGACAUUUACGCUCUUACGUUAAUUCCAAUUACAGAACAAAUGUGAAUAUUAUAUUCUGUGUCAAAGUGAUGAGUUUCAGAUUUAAUACACUGUAUUUUUAAAAGGGAAAUGCACUUAAAUAAAACUGUUAUUACAGAAAGCUAAGAUGAAAAAUGCAAGAGUUUUUAAUACGCUGUAAAACCAGUAGAAUAUUUAAUUGAAACUCCACAACCGAAUAAUCAGUGUAAAUAUUUUCUUUAAAAGUUGUAAGUUUUCAUAUCAUGUGUUGUAAAGUUUUCAUAAAUGAGGCUUUAAUGUAAACACUGGUAACAUGAAUUAUUAAUUGCUACAUUGCUUAUUGUGUUUUUAUGCUGUUUUAUACUUUUUUAUGAGUUACGAUAGCAGCAAUUAAGUUGUUUGUAUUUUGCUUAUCUAAAAUAAAUGCUUUUAUCUUGCUAUAGAAUAAACACAU